GCCGCCGCGGCCGGCAUGAUGUGCCUGGAAUGCGCCUCGGCGGCGGCGGGCGGCGCGGAGGAGGAGGAGGCGGACGCUGAGCGGCGGCGCCGGCGCCGGGGGGCGCCGCGAGGGGCUGGAGGUGGCGGCUGCUGCGGGGCGCGGGGCGUGGGCGCCGCUGGAGUCGCCGCCGCCGAUGACGAGGUGCAGACGCUGUCGGGCAGCGUGAGGCGGGCCCCGUCCGGACCCACCGGCGCCCCCGGCACCCCCGGCUGCGCAGCCGCUGCCAAGGGCCCCGGCGUUCAGCAGCCCAAACCAGCCAGCCUGGGCCGCGGACGGGGGGCAGCUGCCGCCAUCCUCAGCCUGGGGAACGUGCUCAACUACCUGGACAGGUACACCGUAGCAGGCGUCCUUCUGGACAUCCAGCAGCACUUCGGGGUCAAGGACCGCGGAGCCGGCUUGUUGCAGUCAGUGUUCAUCUGCAGCUUCAUGGUGGCCGCCCCCGUCUUCGGCUACCUGGGGGACCGCUUCAACAGGAAGGUGAUUCUCAGCUGUGGCAUCUUCUUCUGGUCCGCGGUCACCUUCUCCAGCUCCUUCAUCCCCCAGCAGCACUUCUGGCUGCUGGUCCUGUCCCGGGGGCUGGUGGGCCUGGGAGAAGCCAGCUACUCCACCAUCGCGCCCACCAUCAUAGGCGACCUCUUCACCAAGAACACGCGCACGCUCAUGCUGUCCGUCUUCUACUUCGCCAUCCCGCUGGGCAGCGGCCUGGGCUACAUCACGGGCUCCAGCGUCAAGCAGGCGGCCGGAGACUGGCACUGGGCCCUGCGGGUGUCCCCCAUCGUGGGCAUGAUCACAGGCACGCUCAUCCUCAUCCUGGUCCCAGCCACCAAGAGAGGCCACGCCGACCAGCUCGGGGGGCAGGUCAGGGUGCACAGCUCGUGGCUCCGUGACAUGAAGGCCCUGAUCCGCAACCGCAGCUACGUCUUCUCCUCCCUGGCCACGUCGGCCGUGUCCUUCGCCACAGGAGCCCUGGGCAUGUGGAUCCCGUUGUACCUGCACCGCGCUCAGGUCGUGCAGAAGACAGCAGAGACGUGCGGCAGCCCGCCGUGCGGGGCCAGGGACAGCCUCAUCUUCGGGGCCAUCACCUGCUUCACCGGCUUUCUGGGAGUGCUCACGGGGGCGGGAGCCACACGGUGGUGCCGCCUGCGGACCCAGAGGGCCGACCCACUUGUGUGCGCGGUGGGCAUGCUGGGCUCCGCCAUCUUCAUCUGCCUCAUCUUUGUGGCGGCUAAGAGCAGCAUCGUGGGCGCCUACAUCUGCAUCUUUGUCGGGGAGACACUGCUCUUUUCUAACUGGGCCAUCACCGCGGACAUCCUCAUGUACGUGGUCAUCCCCACGAGACGAGCCACGGCUGUCGCCCUGCAGAGCUUCACCUCCCACCUGCUGGGGGACGCCGGGAGCCCCUACCUCAUCGGCUUUAUCUCGGACCAGAUCCGCCAGAGCACCAAGGACUCCCCGCUCUGGGAGUUCCUGAGCCUGGGCUACGCACUUAUGCUCUGCCCCUUCGUGGUGGUCCUGGGCGGCAUGUUCUUCCUCGCCACCGCCCUCUUCUUCCUCGGCGACCGCGCCAAGGCUGAGCAGCAGGUGAACCAGCUGGUGAUGCCGCCUGCAUCUGUCAAAGUCUGAGGCCGUGCCUCUGGGACCAUGAAGACCCCUCACUGACACCCUACUUGGGAGGCGUUCCACGGCACCCCAGCCCUGCUGGGCCAUCUCGAAGCUUUGUGUGUGACCCGAGGCUGGGCACCCACCCUCUCUGGUCUGGGGCUGUGGAGUGGCUGUGGCUCCGAGAGGCCGUGUCCUCGGCGAGCGUGGAAGGAUAUGUGUGGGGAAGCCACACGGCUGCACAGACUCCCAGCCCCGGGGCUGGGCUGCAGACCCCCUGGGGCCCGGGACGAAGACCACCUCCAGUCGGCUUAUGGGGAGAGCCUGGCCUGUCCCUGCCUUACAGGGUCCCGGGCAAGCCUCUGCCGUCCCCAGACCAUGGGGCUGGACGGCUGGAUUUCCCCACAUGGCAUCUCUGAAGGCCUAGCGGCUCCUGGACUGUGGAGAGGAGGGGGGUCCAACCUCACGCUCGGGGACACGGGGAUCACUCUGACCUCGGGGACGAUGGACUCCAGCGGGCAGAGCCGGGUGCCCGUGGCUGGGCGCUUCCCAGCCUGGCUGGUCCCUGCGAAGGACACUGGUCUCUGCUGCCUGCAGGACCCCCGGGGGGGGGGGGCCAGCUGCUGGGGAGCCGGCGUCUCCAGGGGUGAAGGCCCUGGCGGCCGCUGCACCUGACCUGUGCCCCAGGCCUGGGUGUGGGAGCCACACGCCCCCCACCCCAGGGGCAGGGCCCAGGGUGCUAGCUGCUGGAGAUAGUCGUCACCCCAUGAGGCUUCCUGUCCCAGGAAAAGGGCCAGGAGCGAGGCCCUUACCCCAGGCCGGCUGCCGCAGUGCUCAGGGGCCCUGCCACCACCCCCACACCUGCCUACUGGUGGAGCUCACCCUACCCUGCCCCACGCGCUCCCGCACACCGGCUGGAAUCGAGGUGCCGGCCCCGACGACGCACUACCCCGUAGUUAGCUGGUGUGGCUUGUGGGUGUGCAAGCUAGCGGCACCCGCUCCUCACCAAGCUCUGGGGCACCUAUGGGGGUGGGACCCCCAAGACCAGC